CUUUCUGCCGGGGGAAGCCUUCCUAGAAUCUCGAAUCCGUCCGGUGAUUCUGACACCGCCGAUGGACUCGACAGUAGAGGUUCGAAUGGGAUGUGGGGCGGGGAGCGGUGCUUUGUGUGUGUACGUGUACGACGAAGGGUGCGCCAAAUCCACGUUGGGUGCGCAAAGGUAUCAUUCCUUCCUCAUUGCAGUCUGCAAAACCGCGUCCGCAGCCUCUCUCUCUCUCUCUCUCUCUUCCCUUCUCGAACAGAAGAAGCUUCGGCUGCUACAAAACUUCCUCCCUCCGUGUCUCUCCCUUCCUCAUCCUUUCCAGUUAGGAUGAGAAUCUCCACCACCAUCACCAACACCCCACCAUCCCAAUGUCGCCUUGGCUACUCCUGAUCUUCCUGUACAUCCUUUGCCUCUCCACCUAUCCAUCCGUGCUAUCCUCCGCGUUCUCCACCGUCGCCAUCGCCCACUUCUCCGACGUCACCUUGGUCUGCGCGUUGGUGCCGUCGCUGAUCGCGGACCGGCGGUACGAGCUCAACUGCACUAGCGCCUCCAGCCGGCGCCAGUGGACGUACCCCGCCCGUCGCAUGACCUACUCCGCGGUGGCCGCCGGCGACGGCUUCCUCUGCGGCCUCACCGUCCCUCCCGACGGCUCCUACGCCACCAUGAGGUGGUGGGAGUUCCCUGGCCAUGGAUCCGAGAGGUACGGGAAGAGAGUCUACCGAGGGCCGGCGCUCACGGCGCUGGCCUCCGGCGACAAGCACGUCUGCGGCUUAAUUGGCGGCGCGCACCGGCCGCAGUGCUGGAGGUGGACCGAGCUAGCCAUCCCCGCCGGGAUGAGCUUCUCCGAGAUCGCCGUGGGGCGGGACUUCGUCUGCGGCCUGCUGGGCUGCGGCGCCAUCCGAUGCUUUGGGAAGGACGCGGCGGUUGUCGGGAAGGAGCCGACCGGGAACUUCAGCAUGGUGGCCGCAGGGACACGGCACGUGUGCGGAGUCUCCGACAGCGGUAAACUGAGCUGCUGGGGUGCGGGUGCGCCGGAAUGGGAUCCGACCCCACUCGACAUCGUCUCCAUGGCGAUGGGGGAGAACAAGACCUGCGUGCUGCGGUUCAAUGGAACAGUCCUCUGCUGGGGGAAGGGCUCUCAACCGCCGGACCACCUCGCCAGCGAGCAAUUCAUCUUGAUUCAGGCGAAGGGCGACGCUAUCUGCGGCGUUAAGUUGAUCGAUUACUCGCUGGUGUGCUGGGGAAACGAAUUGUUCCGGAAGAACCACACCGUCUACGACCGCGUCCUGCCGGGGACCUGCUCGCCCAUCGCGAACUGCGGCUGCGGUGUGCUGCCGGAUUCCGGCACCAUGUGUCCUUCCGAUGACGAAGGGAUCUGCCAAUCCUGCAAGCUCCAACUCAGCCCCAAUCCUCCCAGCAAUCCACCAUCGUCUCAACAGGCAAGCAGCAGCAGCAACAGGGGGAGGGUGUUGCUGAUGGUUCUUGGAUCAGUCGGAUUUGGCCUGGGGUUAUGCACCUUGUUGGUGUGUCUUGCAUUCAAGAACCGGAGCAAUGGCCGACGCAGGCGGCCUCCGCUGGCGGCACCAUCAUCGCAGGUGGAGCCUACUCUCGGUGGUCUGUUAGACGGCGCCAACAUCGAAGAGGUCUCGAUCCAAUUCCUCCUCAAGGUCACCGACAACUUCUCGGAGGCGCACAAGAUUGGCUCCGGCAGCUUCGGUGCGGUCUACCGCGCGACGCUGCCGGGAGGAUGCGACGUCGCAAUCAAGCGCGCAGAAGUGCCGGCAGCCGCGGCGACGUCCAUGUCGCGGCGGAACGAGCAGCAGCGCCUGCGCGACGCGGAACAGCGUGAGCGCGCCUUCAGCUCCGAGCUGGCCCUGCUCUCGCGCAUCAACCACAAGAACUUGGUCCGCCUGCUGGGCUUCUGCCGGGAGCGCGGAGAGCGAGUGCUGGUGUACGAGCACAUGGCCAACGGCACCCUGCACGACAAUCUCCACCGGAAGCCGAUCGCCCCGCCGUCGCCGCUGAGCUCGUGGCCGGCGCGGCUGCGGUUGGCGCUCGACGCGGCGAGGGGAAUUGAGUACCUGCACGCGUACGCGGUGCCGGCCAUCAUCCACCGCGACAUCAAGUCCUCCAACAUCCUGCUCGACGAGGAGUGGACGGCGAAGGUAGCGGACUUCGGGCUAUCGGUGACGAGCCCGGACGACGAGGAAAGCGUCGCCGCCGGCACGGUGGGCUACAUGGACCCGGAGUACUACCGGCUGCGGCGGCUCACGGAGAAGAGCGACGUGUACAGCUUCGGGGUGGUGCUGCUGGAGCUGGUGACGGGUUGCAAGGCCAUACACCGGAGCCAGGAGGCGGAGGGGACGGAGGAGGAGGGGGAAGGCAGCGCGACGCCGCGGAACGUGGUGGAGAUGGCGGUGCCGUGGAUCGAGGCGGAAGACAUCGGGCGGGUGAUGGACCGAAGGGUGGCGCCGGCGUCGGCGGAGGAGGUGGCGGCGGUGGCGUACGUGGGGUACGUGGCGGCGGAGUGCGUGCGGGCGGUGGGGUGCGAUCGGCCCACCAUGGGGCAGGUUGUCGGGGCCCUGCAGCGGGCUGUCGCGACUUGCGGCGAGGAGAAGCGACCGGAUCGGGCCGACCCAAGCCAGGCACGCAGGCAGCUAUCACGUGCGCACAAUUCUAUGUGAUGAAGUGCAUCCGUAUAUAUAUAUAUAAAUAUAUACACAAACCAAGCAUCAACCUUUGGAUGAUUUAACAUUCUGCAUCAACCUUCGUGUUAUCCGGGCUUGCUCGGAUUGAUUAUAUGAUUCAUCAGCAUCUCCCCUCA